GCCAAAUCCAACCACCCUUACCAAACUUCCAGCACCCAACCGAACCGAACAAGCACCAACGCUGGUACCUUACCGUUGACCACUUACGUAGCCUCGUCGCAAGUUCCGGAAUGGCCAGGAAUCCAAAUAAUAACGAAUUAUCAGCAAAUAGGUCAGCCACACACGCACACGCACACGCACACACACACAAUAAAACAUCCAUAUGCCCGUCCGGGAUUCCCACCAUUAACACGUGUACGGAGCCCCCUCCAAACUACGAUACGAUAGAUUAGUCCCGGCUCUAUUCCAGCAUUCCUUCGCCGAAUAUGGUUCGCGAGCCCCGGGGGUUAUAAGGAUGAUAUAUAAGCAUGAACGGCCUGAUCAACAAAUCUCGCAAGCCGAAGUUUGAGCUCAUACUACAGAUAAUUGACCUCAACAACGUCCCCCUCGUCGCCGGGCAAUCCUACGUAAAAUGGCACCUCCCCAUGUCCACGGCCGCGGAGCACCGGGGCGUGACAACAAAGGCGCCAAUCAAAGAACACAAAGUAACCUGGGACUAUGAGCGCUCUCUCGUGGUACGGCUGUCGAUGGACAAGACAAACCUGCUGCAGGAAUGCUUCAUCGAGUUCGAGGUCAUCCAGGACUACAAUGGCGGGGCGCGCGGGGAGAAGAUCACGAUUGGGAGGGUGAGGUUGAACCUUGCGGAGUAUGCGGAUAUACAUGAUGAGGAGGGAGAGGUUAUGGUGAGGAGGUAUUUGAUGCAGGAUAGUAAGAUUAAUAGUACCGUCAAGAUUGGAAUUGGUAUGUCGCAGGUCGACGGGGAUCGAAACUUCAUCGCCCCUCCCCUCCGAACCGCCGCGGUCUUCGAGGGAUUCACAGGCGUCAUGGCCGUGGAGCAAGAGAAAGACAAAGCAGGCUACACCAGCGCAAUAGGCAUCAACAAAGAGCUCGCCGAAAUGCAAGACAUGUACCGGCAAACCCUCGCUGCCUCCUGGCUCUGCGGCAAAGGCACCCUCGCCGCCGACGCCUGCAUCGAAGACAUCUUCAACGGCGGCGACGGGUGGGGCAACAAGCCUGCUCCCGCCUCCCAGAAUCCCGUUGCCCAGACCAUCGCGCUGGGAGCGGAUGAUAGCGAGGAUGAGGGGAUGGGGACGGCGACGCCGUUGAAUCGGCAUCAGCGCCGUCACCAUCACCAUAACCACCAUAAUCAGCAGCAACAGCAGGGGCAGGAGAGAAACAGUGGUGGGGAGCCGACUAGGAAUGGGUCAGGGGCGAGUAAGAAACAUACCCAUGCCGUGAAGAAAGCGAGGAUGGAGAGUGAAAUGCCUGGGUUGACGACGACGGUGGAUAAGAAGGGGAAUCCGAUUGGAGGGAUCAGGAGGGUGUCGGUGAAGGCGCUGACUAGUGAUAAGGGGGAGCAGCAGGUGCAGUCUUCGUCGUCUUCUGAGGAGGGCCGGGGAGAGGGGAGAGGGAGGAAUGGGACGAGGAGGACGGAUGAAGUGGCGGAGUGGGAUGCGAGGGAUGAUUUGAGGGCGUGGACUGUGCCGUGUGUGGAGGUUGUGGAUGAGGGGGUGGAGUUAGGGGUGGGGGGUGGUGGGGUGGUGGCUGGUGUAUUUUAG